UCGUCAUCAACAUGAAGCAGCGGGAUCCCGACUAAUAAAUUCUGCAAGACAGCGGUGAUCUGAGCCCUGAAACACGCUUAACUGGUUUGUUUCAGGACGCAUAUGUUCUAAUUGGAGUGUGCCUGAAAUUUUGCAAAAAGACAAAACCUCGCAUACCGCGUGAAUUACAAGAUGUUUCAGCCUGUGUGCAUGCCCGACAAAGUGAAUACCCCAUUUGUAAAAUUGAAGUAUUUCAAGAUGAAGAUGAGUUGCAGCCUGCAGUGGCACAAACUUCGAAAUUCAGUCCUGCUGGUGGUACAACCCAAGCAACUGUGCUGCACGACUGGGAUACGUAAUGGAAGUGCAUCCAGCACCUAGGCGCCCCUUUAGGGCAGCAAAUCUGAUAUAAAAGCGGACUUUAAAAUGCAGAAAUGUUGGGAAAUAUCGCAAUCUGAUCGUAGCAUUUCCAUAUUGCGAUAUUUCUAUUGUGGUGUUUUUCGGAACUGCGUGCGUAUGGAGGCGGCUGCUUGCGAAGUGAGGAUCAAGACGAAAUAUUUUUGUUAAAUACUGAAAAAAUACUAAUAAGGCGACGCUGCAGCUGUUUUAUUUAAAAGUGACGGAAAGAUCAGUCGGAGGCUGCGAAGGGUUUGCUGUCAAAAACCGACAGCGCAUUUUUUACAAUAUAUAUUUCGUGAUAAACAGCAUUUCGUAGAAAGGAAACUGAACACCCACACUUGAACUGGUGUUUUCACGAAAUCGCCGAACUAACAGAAGUAACUAAGCAAUAGGAUACCUUGGGCAAGAGAGGAGAGUGAUCUGACGGGGUUUCGGCCGAGGACAAAAGAUCGAUUGGAACCAUGAGGAUCCCGGCGUUCCUAAUUGCCAGCGUUUUACUUGGUUCUGCCUCAGGCAAACGGGUGGUGACCGUGCAGAGUGGCCCACUGGUGCGUACCGAGGGCUCCCAUGUCACCAUCUGGUGCAAUGUGACGGGCCACAAGGAGGGCGUGGAGCAGGACUUUGAGUGGUCCAUGUACCUGCCCUCGGCCCCUGAACGGGAGAUCCGCAUCGUCAGCACCAGCCAGUCCAACUACGCCUACGCCGUCUACGCCCAGCGCGUCAACAACAAGGAGAUCUACGUGGAGCGCCUGGGCAAGGAUGCCGCCCUGCUGCAUAUCACCAAGCUGGAGACCCGAGAUCAGGGCCAGUUCGAGUGCUACACCCCCAACACCGAUGGCGAGUACCUGGGCUCCUACAGCGCCAAGACCAACCUCACCGUGAUUCCCGACACCCUGAGCGUGACAUCGGUUGCCCAGAGCCUGAACAAGGUGGAGGGCGACACCCUUCAACUGACCUGUGAGGUCACGCGCCAGACAUCCCAGCACAGCCACCUGUCCGUGGGCUGGUUCCUGCGCUCGCCGGAGCGCGACUCACCCCCACAGGACCUGGUCACGCUCUCGCGGGACUUCGUGCUCCGCGCUGGCAACCCCUACAAACAGCGCUUCGCCUUUGGGGACCUGCGGCUGGACAAGACCAGCAGCGCCUCCUACAGGCUCAGCAUCUACCGGCUGCAGCCGGCCGACCAGGGGCUGCUUUACUGCGAGGCGGCGGAGUGGAUCCAAGAUCCAGACCAGUCCUGGUAUGCCAUGACCCGGAAGCAGUCAGAGAAGACCAUGGUGAAGGUGCAGCCCACAGACAGGGAUUUCGGCAUCCAGGUGAGCACGGAGCGCCGCUCCUACACCACGGGGGAGCCCUUGGAGCUGCGAUGCGCCAUCGACGCGCAGAAUGUUCCGGACCGCUACUUCUCCGUGUCGUGGGUGUUCAGCAGCUCGCCGGUGGCGGUCGUGGGUCCCAAUGCCGUGCCCGUUCUAGGCGCCGAUUACGUGGCACGCGAAGCCGCCGGCCAGAUCACCGUGCGCAAGGAGAGCGCCGCCAUCUACCUGCUGAGGCUGCAGCGCCUACGUGUGGAGGACUCCGGCAAGUACAUCUGCCGGGUCACCGAGAGGGAGAAGACCCCCACAGGCGACUUCAUCGACCGCACCAAGAGGUCCCGCAAUGUGCAGAUCACUGUCCAGGCGCUACGAAGCAACAUGACCGUUUUCUUGGUCGGUAAUUCCACGGAGGUCUUGGAGGGGGAGCCAGUGCAGUUGACGUGCUCUGUGAGGGCUCUGACAGACAAGACCGGCAGCGUGUCGGUCACCUGGCAGUGGAUGGGCAGGAAGGGCACCGCCGUGACCCAGGACGUGGUGACCAUCGACCGCGAGGGGACCGUGAGGUUGGGCCCUGCCUACCGCGAGCGCAGCACCUAUGGAGAGAUCCGCGCGGAGCGGGUGCGCGCCGACACUUUCACCCUGCAGCUGUAUAACUCCGUACCCGGCGACGAGGGCCAGUACAAGUGCGUGGCCAUGGAGUGGAUCCAGGCCUCAGAUCUUACCUGGGAGAAGAUCGGGGAGAGAUCAGCUUCCAAGCCCAUCACCAUCAAAACUGUUGAAUCUUCGUUUUUUGUGUCAGCGUCUUCGCGGACACCCAGCGUGACAUACGGCGACUCGUUCGACCUGCAGUGCAUCGUAAAGCCACGUUACAAUCCCCAUGUCCCCGUGACGGUCACCUGGCGUUUUCAGCCCCCCGAAGGCGAGUUACGCGACCUGGUGACCUUUGCACGUGAUGGGACGCUGCGCUGGGGCGAGGAACAGAUCGGCCUGGGCACUCGCGCCAGCACCGAGAGGUCGCCGUCCAACAGCAACUUUAGACUGAGCGUGACCGGAGCUGGCCAGCGGGAGUCUGGAACCUUCCAAUGCUCCGCCGAGCUGUGGAGGAAAAACUACGACAACACCUGGACCAAGAUAGCCAACCGCACGUCAAACCUGCUGGGCAUCAAUGUCUUCAAGCCAGUCAGCAAGCUGCGACUGCACCACUCCAACCAGAGCCUGUCGUUUGUGGAGGAUAGCCGAGUGCGGAUCAACUGUUCCAUCGCGUCUCAGACGGUCCCUGAGGCCCAGCAUGCAGUGCUCUGGUACGUCCACAAGGGCGGCGAGCCGGAGGCAGGGGCAGAGCUGCUCUUGAAGGUGCGACGUGAUGCUGCCGUGGAGUACGGCGCCUAUGCUGACGAGGAGCGGCUGGAGCGGCGGGCGCAGCCGGAGCGCCUCUCCCCGCAGCUGUACGCGCUGACACUGCACCGCGCCGAGACCAGUGACAGCGGCACCUACUUCUGCCAGGUGGAGGAAUGGCUGCAAGACCCUGGAGGCGCCUGGUACCGCCUGGCCCUGGAGGCCUCGGGCUUCACCCGCGUGGCGGUCCACCGGCCAGAGGUGCGUCUGCAGGUGGAGGAGGCGGAGUUUAACGUCACAGUGACGGAGGCGGAGUCCAUACGGCUAGGCUGCAGCGUCUCGUCACAGUCGACAAGAGACUCGCGCUUCUCUGUGUCCUGGUACGUGGCGCGUGCUGGGGAGGGCGCCGGCGAGCAGCAGUGCAUCUUCUCCAUCGGCCACGAUGCUGUCUUUGGGAACGGAAACUGCAGCCCCGCCGAAGACCCUGGGCCCAACUCCCGGCUGCAGUUCCAGAGGAUGACCUCUGACCUCUACAGCCUGACCAUCCAGGGGGCGCGGCCCAGCGACUCUGGUAGCUACUACUGCCGUGUGGAGGAGUGGUUUCUAAACCCACGUAAUGUGUGGUACCGCCUCACCACCAACGACUCGGGAGUCACUGUGGUCACGGUCCUGGAACAAGCAUCCACGCUCCAGUCUGUCAUCUGCUCCAACGACUCUCUCUUCUAUUUCGUCUUCUUCUACCCCUUCCCCAUCUUCGGCAUCCUCCUCAUGACGGUGCUGCUGGUUCGUUACAAGGCCCGGAACCUGGGAAAAAGCCAGGAGGGCAAGAACGGGGUCCCGCUCCUCUGGAUCAAAGAGCCUCACAUCAACUACUCCCCAACCUGCCUGGACCCUCCAGCGCUCAGCCUCCACCCAGGCUCAGUAGAGUAAGAUGCUGGGGGGGGGGGGGGGGAUAUAGGUCACACCUGUCCUGCCACCCCAAUCUCCCCCACCCGAAACCCUUCCACAAGGAGGAAGAAACCAACAGGAAAGUGUUCCUUUAAGAGCCUGGGGUGUCUUCAACGUGUCGGGGCUUCCAGAUAGCCUGCACAUCUCAGCCACUGCCGGGGGCAGGACCUCUGGACUGUUUUGCAAAGGAUUACGACUUUCCCCCCCCCCUCAGAUAUAUUUAUUUUGUUUCAUCAUCGUUUGAAGUUUGUCGGCCUGGCUUUGAUAUUAGCCAGGCGGCCCUGUGACCGAAUGAACGAAAGUCACCUGAUGCCAGUCGCGCUCUCGCUUUCCGUCUCCGUGAUCCGCUGUUGCUCCCAGAGCAUCAGGUCCUCCUCUUUGGAUUGCUUGCCUCGUGUUUUAAUCUUUAUUUCCUUGUGCUCUUUCUGUUUGUCGCCGCUGAGAUAAACACCUUGCUGAUGGUUUGUUUACUCUUGCUUGGCUUUGAGAGACUAGGUGAAGCUGAUGUUUUUGGACUAUAAAUAAGUGGCAUCACACACACACACUCACACACAGAAAACAUUCAUGAUGUAUAGAGAUGACUUCUUUGUAAACACAUUGAGGGGACCAAUGAAGGAGUGCGUACUAUUUUACGUGUCUUCACAUUGAUGUGGAGAGACCUCAGUCCUCGGAAGGUAACAAGAUGCCACCUGAAAGACAGUUUAGUGUGUGUCUUCAGCAGCAGCAGGCCCGGCUCGUUGGAUUCCAACAUCGACUUGGCCAAAAGACGGUGGUCUAUGAGGACGCAUAUGCCCCCAGACUGCAGCUGUGCUGUUUCAGAAGCAGCAAUGACCUGGGAACUGCUGCAUCUGCUGCAUUCAUCUUGGACACGACGAGAAGUGUUGACUGAUGCUGGAGCUUUACUCACUGCCAAAUGUAGGGACAUCGAAGAUUGACGAUUAAUAAGAGGAAAAGUAAUGAAUGAUUUUGUAGUCAUGCCUCCCAUUUGGGGGCAGCCGGGGGGAGAGGGGGGUGGUUGUUAAAAUGGUGGGGCAGCUUUCAAAGACCUGAGAGAACCUGAUAAUUGAGAAAAACAAAAUGUGGGUAAUAUUCACAGGCUGGAUCGGUAAGUGGGCAGGGAAUGAACACUUCACAUCCCUCUUAUCCCGACGCUGUCAUUUUCUCAUCCCCGGAAUAGCGGCAGAUUGUUUAAAUCACAUUAACAGCACUGAGGGACGGUGUCAGACACGCCGACGAAUUUUACUGCAUCCUUUCUCUCUCUCUCGCUCUCUCUCUCACCCACACACACACACACACACCCCACACAUGCAAACACUUAAUAAGAGUAUCAUCUCUAAGCAUUCAUGGAGUGUUUCUAAAGACCAAUACGGAUGUUUCAGCACCAAUAUUAUGUAUUUUUACCUUUUGGGAGGUCUGAGAGACUUCAAACAUACUUUACACCCUCACAUGCAUGUAGAGGAAAGAGCUGUAAAAUGGUAGAUUGUGCUGUUAUUUGUAUUUUUGAGUUUUGUGUUUCUUUAUGGUGCUGGUUGUUUCUUUGUUGUUUUUUUGUACAGCAUUGUAUUUUGCAACCAUUAACUAGCCAGAAUGUCAGCCAUUUAGUAUUAAUGCCAAGGAUGUGGUAGAUCAGUGUUUCUCGAGGCCCACCAGACGGCCCACAUUUUUGCUCCCUCUCAGCUCCUAUUGGCUUUAAGGGUAGCAAAAGCAUGAACUGUCUGGGGGUCCCCAAGGACUGGGUUGAGAAACACUGCGGUAGAUGAACAGAGCAACUGAAGACUGCCCUGGUUAAGUUUGUCUGUUGAGCUACAUAGAGGUGAAUGGGACAAUAAGAACACUAUAGAGAGACAGUAACUUGAACAGAACUGUUGCCUGGUGUUAAGGUCCCACCACUGAUAGAAAGAAUAGAUCUGAGUGCUGAAAACUUUAGGAGCAGACAGCGUAAGCGCACAUGACACUAAGUUCUAGUCAUGUGCAGUGCCAGUAAAGACCAACAACCUGUUCAUGCAGCACUGCUUCAUCAGUCUGGUCUCACAUUCAGCCAACUUCAGUCAUCAAAGCUCACGGCCCUUCAUCUUUUUUGCCCCACUGACACCUCAGAGACCAGCCACACAAAGACUUGCAUCAACCAAGCUACUGACAGCCGGAGUAAGGCAAACCCCAGCAUACCCUGUGGUGCUCAAGGACCAGGGCUGGCCUCGCCUGCCUGAAAAAAAAUAUUGCCCAUAUGUUUUUUUUUUUAACCAAAGCUGGUUAAAAAAGUAUGAUAAUUGAUAAAAUGUGGCAGUUUUCUUUGGCACAAGAUUGGGUUGAUGGGCAUGGUUUAAUUUCACAAUGGGAGCAGGCAGUGUGCGUGAGACUUCCCGUGGACAAAGUAUGGGCAGAUGGCCCAGCGCACAGAGACAAAAAUCAGCCUCAGAAGUUUCGAUGGAGGGCUGCAAGCUUGUGAUCUUCACUCCUCUUACUCGUGUCAAAGUCUGAAUUGCAUGACAAGUGGAGGGGGGGGACGGGCAUAUUUAGACGGCAUUCUGUAAUUUCACAUGCAGACAGAUGCCUUUUGUAACAUCAAUGCCAACCUUUCUACUGCUGGAUCCUGCUCUGCGAUGCAGACGGAGAUAUUAGAGAUACUGAGCUUGUAGGUGAAAAUUAGAACGACGCAUCAAACAAAGUGCCAGUAGACGAUCUGCUGUAAAUGUGGUAGUUCUAGAUAAUCCAAAUGGACAGUAGCACUUUGAAACAGCUGUAUUUAUAUGUUUGUUCUCCAACAAAAAAGGAUGUUGAGGUUCUUAGGUGAUCUCUGUGGAUGUACCAACUAAUGACUGACGGGUGUCUGAGCCUGGAUCACAAGAAGCACAUCAGUUGUUUUUUUUAAGAAACCUCCCCCUUGGCCUCUUCUGAAAAUCCCAUGGCCCACCCUACUGGCCCACUGAGAAGUGACUGAAACUAUCAAUGAUUGUCUGUCUUUUUAGAUUUCAUUUAAGAUUUAAAGACCUCAUCAAACACCAUAUGGUCUGGAAAGCAUGCCCUCCUACCAUGGAUGCCCAAGUUGGGUGAAAUUAAUUUCUAAUUUGUUUUUUUUUUCCAGUUCUCCUGUAAACAGGGUCACUAUCGUUCUCGCACAAUAAUUCAAUGUACUGUGAAGUCAUGCAGAUCCUGCAAGUCUGAAAAACCUUUUAAUUGCAUCUCUGGGGAUUUGUGCCCAUUAACCAUGUUGUUAUGAAAGGCUACACGUCCGAAAGAAGACUGAGAGAGUGGCAUUGAUUUUUUUUUUACUCUUAUGAAACAGCUGUCAAAAUGUAAAAAAAAAAUGGUAAAACAAUAGCUCAGAUUGUGUUUUUGUAACUUUGAUGUAAGCUGGCUCUAACAUUCUCACGUUGAUGCAGAUACAUUUUAAGAGCGUUCUGUGUUGGUUGCUGGCUGAUGAAUCGCUGUAAAACGUUGUGCUCAUGUAUUCGGUUCAGCCAGCGCUGCUACUUUUAGGUGUGUGAGUGUUUCGUUUUCUACAUAUAUUUUUUAAAUUUCUCACGUUACAGUGCACUGAAUUUAAAAGGAAGGUUAUAGCUUUUACGGUUUUAUUUUUUAUUUUUAUUUUUUUGGUUUGUUGUGACAAAUUUUGUUUUAUUGAACUGUAGCAGUUGCUUUGAAAGGCAAAGAAAUAAAUGCACAUUCCCAGUCUUUGAA